GAAAAGAUCCUGUUAAAAUAUGAAAUUGCCAAAACUUUUUCUUUGUGAGUUUUGUCUCAAAUAUAUGAAGAGUAAACGUAUGCUUUUCAGGCACAUGCAAAAAUGUGAUUGGACUCAUCCUCCUGCAACAGAAAUUUAUCGUCAAAAUGAUCUCUCAGUGUUUGAAGUGGAUGGUAACGUGAACAAAAUUUAUUGUCAAAAUUUGUGCUUGUUAGCAAAACUUUUUCUGGAUCAUAAAACUCUUUAUUAUGAUGUGGAGCCAUUUUUAUUCUAUGUUCUAACCAAAAAUGAUCAAAAAGGAUGUCAUCUUGUUGGUUAUUUUUCAAAGGUAAUAUUAUUUUAUUUUAAGAACUUGAAAGAAAUAAAUAUUUGAAAUAUAAUAUAACAAGUAUAUAAAAUGAAAA